CCAUCCUCGUUUCUCUCUCUUCCACUUCACUCUCCUCUUCUGCUUCUCUUUCGUCUUUAGCUUUCUCUAUGGCCGAAUCCCCAGAACGAGACACUGUGAUUGAGCCGGUGAGUUUGAACCCUGACUCUGAUCUCUCGGGCACCCACAAUGGCCGAGCAGAGAUCGACACUUCAGCGCCGUUUGAGUCUGUGAGAGAAGCAGCCUCUCGAUUCGGCGGUUUCGGUUUCUGGAGACCUACUAAUAAAGUCCCAGAAGCUUCACAGGAAAAUGUGGAAGAAGUUGAUAUCAUUGAACUCAUUGCACAAGCUGCUGAGCUACAGAACGAUCUGGUUCUGAAAGAAAGCGAAACACUUGAGGUGUUGAAGGAGCUUGAGGCGACUAAAGCCACUGUUGUAAAGCUCAGCUCCAAGCUGGAGCAGAGGAGUGAAGCUUGUGAGGAGGAUACAUUGAGAGAAGAAGUUCACGGUCAUAGCAAGCCAGCAGGUCUAGUACUGAAGGAUUUAAAUCAGGCAAAAAUGAAUUUGUGCAAGAUUGCUAGUAUACGAGAAUCUGUGGAGCAGUUGAAGAAGAAACUGAAUGAGGAGAGGGCUGCACUUGAGAAGACACGCGAGAGGCUUAUGGAGAAAUCGUUGAAGGUGAUUUCUUUAGAGGAAGAAGAAGUUAGAGUAGGAUUUGCAAAGGAUGGUGAAACCGGCGAGAAAGAUCUUGAGAAUAAUGCGUUAGUAAUGUUGAAUGAGGUUCAAAGACUGAGCCGUGAAGCUCAAGAGGUCAAGAUAACAGGAGAGAAUGCACAGUCUGAAGUUGUGAAAGCAAUGGCUGAGAUUGAAUGCACAAGAGACAAGAUUAGAACAGCUAAGAUAAGGUUGGUGGCUGCAAGAAAGAUGAAGGAAGCGGCCAGAGCUGCUGAGGCGGUGGCAAUCGCAGAGAUUGAGGCUGUUACUGGAAGUAAAAACACUGAUAAAGCCGAAGCUGUGACUAUCUCUUCUGAAGAGUAUGCUGUGCUUGCUCGUAGUGCUAGAGAUGCAGAGGAAGAGGGGAGGAAACGAGUGGAAGAUGCAAUGUCGAGAGUUGAAGAAGCGAAUGUUUCAAAGUCGGAUGUUCUGAAGAAAGUAGACGAAGCAGCUCAAGAAAUUGAAACCAGCAAGAGGGCAUUGGAGGAAGCUGUGGAGAGAGUUGAUGCUGCAAAUACUUCAAAGAUCGAAGCAGAAGAGGCGCUACGAAACUGGCGGUCAGAGAAUGGACAGAGGAGAAGAUUGUCUUCUUCGGUGAACAACACUUCCAAGUUCAAGAGCAAAAGAGAAGCAACGCGUCUGAUGGAUGUAAACGGUCUGAAUCUGACAUAUGAUGCUUUCGAAGGGUCCUCAUCAUCUUCAGUUCCUGUCUUGAAGCCAACAAUGUCAAUCGGGCAAAUACUCAGCAAGAAGCUACUUCUUGCAGAGGAUUCAGAUAUGAAUGUUGCUAGCGAGAGAAAGAAAAUGUCGUUGGGUCAGAUGCUGGCAAAGAAUAGCAGUAGUGAUAAAACUGUAAGCAAGAGGAGUGAAGGGAAAGAGAAUGGGAAAAAAUCGGCGACUCGAAAGAGAAAGAGUUUCGGAUUUGCUAAGAUCUCUGUGUUGUUAAACAAAGAGAGCAAGAAUAAGAAGAAGAAGAAAAAGAUUGCUUUGAACUUGAGGUGAUAGAAUGAUUCAGUGUUUUUUGACUUAUCGUUUCUGUCUUGGUAAGUGAACCAAUAGUGUAAGGGAAAAAAGUGUAUCAAGUGUUUAUUUUAAUGCUAAUCUCAGAUAUCUAAUCCAACUACGACCAUAUUAGCCUUAA